GGCCCUUCAAUAAGUACUAGCCCAUGGGACCAGGCCCGGACUGGAGUCUGAGAUCAUUUUCCCAAGAUGGUUGACUCAUCCAGCUAUGGCUUGCUGCAGUAUUUUCAAAAACUCAGUGAUGAAGAGUUCCAGAGAUUUAAAGAGCUUCUCCAGAAAGAGCCACAGAAAUUUAAACUCAAACCACUCUCCUGGACUAAGAUUGAGAAUAUUUCCAAAGAAGACCUGGUAAUGCAAUUGUACACACAUUAUCCAAGACAGGUAUGGGCUAUGGUGUUGAACCUGUUUCUACAGGUCAAUCGGAAAGACCUCUCAACCAUGGCUCAGAUAGAAAGGAGAGAUAAACAAAAUAAAUACAAAGAGUUUAUGAGGAAUUUAUUUCAACACAUAUGGACAUCUGAGACCAACACUUAUAUGCCUGAUAGAAGCUACAACAUCAUUAUAGAUCGUCAAUACAAAGCAUUACUGGACAUAUUUGAUUCUGAGUCAGACCCAACUACUGCCGUUGUAUUAGGUACUAGAGGAAAAGGAAAAACAGUUUUUUUAAGAAAAGCAAUGUUGGAUUGGGCAUCAGGAGUUUUACUGCAGAACCGGUUUCAUUAUGUUUUCUUCUUCUCUGUCUUCUCACUUAACAAAACCACAGAGUUAAGCUUAGCUGAGCUUAUCUCAAGUAAAUUGCCUGAGUGUUCUGAGACACUGGAUGACAUUUUAUCCAAUCCAAAGAGAGUCUUGUUUGUUCUGGAUGGAUUUGAUUACCUGAAAUUUGAAUUGGAACUCAGGACAAACUUGUGCAAUGAUUGGAGGAAGAGGCUGCCAACACAAAAUGUUUUGAGCAGUUUGCUACAGAAAAUAAUGCUCCCAGAAUGCUCUCUGCUUCUUGAAUUGGGAGAGUCAAGUUGUUCAAAAAUUAUUCCUUUGCUGCAGAAUCCUAGGGAGAUCAUUAUGUUAGGAUUAUCUGAACAAUCUAUAUAUUUCUAUUGUGUGUCCUUCUUCAAAAUUCAGUUGGGUGUAGAAGUCUUUAAGGAUUUAAAGAAAAAUGAACCAUUGUUUACUUUAUGCAGCAAUCCUAGUAUGUUGUGGAUGAUCUGUAGUUCUUUAAUGUGGGGGCAUUAUUCGAGAGAGGAAGUAAUCUCUUCCAGUGAAUCAACAUCAGCUAUCCACACAAUAUUUAUAGUGAGUGCAUUCAAAUCAAUAUUUGACUUGGGCUCAUCUAAAUACAAGAGGUCCCAAUUAAAGACCCUGUGCACCUUGGCUGCAGAGGGAAUGUGGAAACAGGUAUAUGUGUUUGACUCUGAGGACCUCAGGAGGAAUAAGAUAUAUGAAUCUAAUAAGACAGUAUGGCUGAAAAUGAAAUUUCUGCAAAUUCAAGGUAACAACAUUAUGUUUUAUCAUUCUACACUACAGUGGUACUUUGCUACCCUGUUCUAUUUUCUCAAACAGGACAAAGACACAUAUCACCCAGUUAUCGGAAGCCUACCUCAACUUUUAGGAGAAAUAUAUGCUCAUAAACAGAACCAAUGGACCCAUGCAGAGACAUUUUUCUUUGGAAUUGCCACUAAACAUGUGCUUGCUUUGCUUAAACCAUGCUUUGGCAAUAUAUCAUUCAAAACAGUAAGAGAGGAGAUCAUUAGAUACCUUAAAAGUCUCAGUCAACCAGAGUGUAAUGAGAAACUGAUGCAUCCCAAGAAGCUGUUCUUCUGUCUAAUUGAAAACCAGGAGGAAAGAUUUGUAAAUCAAGUGAUGAACCUAUUUGAAGAAAUUACUGUUGAUAUUAGUGAUAGUGAUGAUUUAGGAGCAGCUGAAUACAGUCUGCUGCGAGCCUCAAAAUUGAAAAUCCUUCACCUGCAUAUACAAAAGAAAGUUUUUUCAGAAAUCUAUGAUCCCGAAUAUGGUAGCUUAGAAAACUUUAAACUGGACCAAAAAUUUUCAGCCAUCAAUUGGACUAGGUUAUCCAUUCUUUUCUGUAACUUACGUGUGUUGGAUCUGGACAGCUGUCAUUUCAAUGAAAAGGUCAUAGAGGUCCUCUGUCAUUCUUUGUCUCCAACUCCUACUAUGCCUCUGACUGUUUUUAAGCUCCAAAGAUUGUUUUGUUCCUUCAUGACUAACUUUGGAGAUGGUUCAUUAUUUUGCACAUUUCUUCAGAUACCACAACUGAAAUACCUGAACCUGUAUGGCACUGAUCUCUCUAAUGAUGUGGUUGAGAUGCUGUGCUCAGCUCUGAAAUGUUCAACAUGUGGAGUGGAGGAGCUCUUGUUGGGAAAAUGUGACAUAUCAAGUGAGGCUUGUGGCAUAAUUGCAACUUUCCUUAUCAACUCUAAGGUGAAACAUCUCUCAUUGGUUGAAAAUCCCUUGAAGAACAAAGGAGUGAUGUUACUGUGUAAAAUGCUGAAGGAUCCAAGCUGUGUCCUGGAAUCACUGAUGUUGUCUUACUGCUGUCUCACAUUUAUUGCCUGUGGACAUCUCUAUGAAGCUCUUUUGAGCAACAAACACCUCUCUCUCCUUGAUCUGGGAUCAAAUUUCCUGGAAGAUGUUGGAGUGAACCUUCUGUGUGAAGCUUUGAAAUAUCCAAACUGCACCCUCAAGGAAUUAUGGUAG